UAAGUGUAAGGAUGUGGCUAACGACGUUCUUCCUACUUGCUUUGGCAGCCCAACGGGCAUAUACAGCACAGUUCAUACCAGUGGACUAUGCAGAGAACAUAGGCGACAAAGAGGCAUGGCAGUCACGUAUUGUUUCUGGUUGGGAGGCACGACCGGGCCAACACCCUCACCAAGUAUCUCUCCGAAUGGUUAAUAUUUUGGGAGAGGUGGGAGGCUGCGGUGGCAGUGUCGUACAUAAAGAAUGGUUGAUUACAUCUGCUCAUUGUACAGCGACCCAAAUUACAAUUGUGGUGCGGGCUGGCUUGAGUCACUUGACUCGGCCAGAAAUUAUAUUGGAGACCACGGAAUACUACAACUAUCCUACAUUUGAUUCAUUGAGGCCAAGCGUGGUACAGCCGAAUGACAUCUCGCUGGUCAAGCUUCAGCGACCAUUGCAAUACAGCAGAAAUUUGCGUCCAAUACGGAUCCAACCGCUAUCAGACGCUCACAGGAACUAUGGCGAGGAGAUCGUUGUCGCGAGUGGAUUUGGUCGUACUUGGACAAAUGGUGCCCAAUCUCAAGAGCUCCGGUGGGUAUAUCUUCGUGCUGUCAGUAACCCGGCUUGUGUGUCCAUCUUUGGUAGCAAUUUUGUGACAGAAAACACCAUUUGUGCGAGUUUCUUCAACGUAACUUCGCAGUCUAUUUGCCAGGGUGACAGCGGGGGCCCGUUAGUGCACGUGUCCCCUGAGGGUGUACCCUUCCUUGUCGGCGUGAGUUCAUUCGUGGCUGGUGCGCCUUUCGGAUGUCACUCCGGCUUGCCUGGUGCUUUUGUACGGCCCGGACCUUUCCACGCAUGGUUUACGCAGAUUACUGGAAUAGAUUUCAAUAACCUCGAUGAGGACGAGGAUGAAGUUACCACUGUUGUUCCUAGCACCCAUCCCGAUACUACUCCUACUGACACACCUUCAACUAUCCUUUCCACCACAACUACCGCCAUACCUACAGAUUACCCUACGACUGAGUCCCCUCAGACUCCUCCUCAAACUUCAACAUCUCCUCCAACUCAAACUACUACAACAGAAGAGCCAACUACAACGGAAGAACCUGAAUCAGAGGAAGAUGAUUCGGAAGAAAUCGAUGACCCAGAACUUGCGGACCUGCUCAAGAGAUUGGAAGUUAAAGUUAAAGUGAAGGUCAAGUUGAGCAAAUACUUAAAAAAGAAACAACAACAUAAGAUUGAAUAAAUAAAGAUACAUAUUUUGAU